GGCUCCUCCAGGCGCAGCGUGUAAAAUAGAUCUGACCGCAGGUGACGAUGGAUUUCGUCAAGCGCCUCUGGAAGUGGAGCCUCUGCUCUCUUUUCGUACCAAUCACUUUUGCGUCGAUUGACCACUUUGCGUAAUGGCUGGUGUGGACUCACCAUUGAAAGCUAUAAUACCGUCGGUAUUUAGAGAACAGUGAGCGGUGGGCUUUUUUCCCCCUGCAGUUGAGGAUAAUCUCUUUCAUUUUCGCCGCAUUCAGGAUGAAGUUGUUGUCGCUGCUCCGAUUCUCAAGUUUCUCCAUCCCUACUCGAUCGGGUCCAGUGACUUUGCAGGGGUUGAUGCGAUUUUGGGGCUCUGCAUACCGUCGUAGAUGAUUCGUCCCUCUGCAUUGGCAGUGCUGUUUUACAGUGCUUCUCGUCACAAUCAACCCUGAGUCUGUGAGCAGGUGAGAGAGGGACACUGUCUGCCCCACUGUCCAGCGACACCAUGAGCUGGAGCUUCCUCACGCGGCUGCUGGAAGAGAUCCACAACCACUCCACCUUCGUGGGGAAGCUGUGGCUCACCGUGCUCAUCGUCUUCCGCAUCGUCCUGACGGCCGUCGGAGGAGAGUCCAUCUACUACGACGAGCAGAGCAAGUUCGUGUGCAACUCGGGCCAGCCGGGCUGCGAGAACAUCUGCUACGACGCCUUCGCCCCGCUCUCCCACGUCCGCUUUUGGGUCUUCCAGAUCAUCCUGGUGGCCAUGCCGUCCCUCAUGUACAUGGGCUACGCGGUCAAUAAGAUCGCGAGACUGGACGAGGCCAAGGGCGGCGUCGGCGCCGCCGCGGUGAGGACCGGCACGGGAGGGGGCUACACGCACAGGAAGCCCAGGAAAAUCUGCUUCGGGGCGCGGCAGCACCGGGGCGCGGAGGAGACCGAGGACGACCGCGAGGACGAUCCCAUGAUUUACGAGGUCCCGGAGAUGGAGCCUCCCAAAAGGCCUCGCGAUCCGCUGCAACCCACGCCCAGACCCAAGAUCCGUCACGACGGCCGCACGCGCAUCCGAGACGAGGGGCUGAUGCGAGUCUACGUUUUGCAGCUGGUGACCCGCACGGUCCUGGAAGCCGGCUUCCUCACGGGUCAGUACCUGCUGUACGGCUUCCGCGUCACGCCCAUUUUCGUGUGUUCGGGGAAGCCUUGCCCGCACAGCGUGGACUGCUUCGUGUCCCGGCCCACGGAGAAAACCAUCUUCCUGCGCAUCAUGUACGGCGUCACCGUCCUCUGCCUGACGCUCAACGUCUGGGAGAUGCUCCACUUGGGCAUCGGCUCAAUCUGCGACAUCCUCCGCCGUCGCCGCCGCCCGCCUUCGGACGACGAGUAUCAGCUAGGCCUGCUGGGCCCCGACGUGGGCGCCGGGGGCUCGGUCGGCGGCGCGGGACCCGAGGCGGGUUCGGAAGGCGGAGUGGGCGGCGACGGGCCCGCCGACUACGCGGGCUACCCUUUCUCCUGGAACGCUCCGUCGGCGCCUCCCGGAUACAACAUCGUGGUGAAACCGGAGCAGAUGCCCUACACCGACCUGAGCAACGCCAAGAUGGCGUGCAAGCAGAACCGGGCCAACAUCGCGCAGGAGGAGCAGCAGCAGUUCGGCAGCAACGAAGACAACUUCCCCACCGGGGGCGAGGCCCGCGUGGCCCUCAACAAGGACAUGAUUCAGGAGGCCCAGGACCAGCUGGAGGCCGCCAUUCAGGCCUACAGCCAGCAGCAUCGCGCCGAGGAGCAGCUCGGAGACGGCCGGGAAGACAAGCCCCAGAGCAACAUUAUCCAGACUCAGCCUCCCAAGGAACGCAAGCACAGACUCAAGCACGGCAAGGGGGGCGGGAGUAGCGGCGGAGGCAGCAGCAGCAACAGCAGCAGCAGCAAAUCAGGGGAGGGAAAACCCUCCGUGUGGAUUUAGCUCACAGCGGACUCCACGUCACCUGUGCCUUAGAGCGGGGGCUUCUUAAACCUUUGCACCAGGGAGAGAAAAAAAACUUAAGAAGGGAAGGGGUGUCCAUUCUAUAUCAAGUAGAGGUCAUGUUAAAAGGGUGGGUGUUGAACAAAGGGGGGAAUACAAAUGGUUUGGGAUACUACUACUUUAUAAUAAAUUGUUCACAAUUUAAAAAGAUAAUCAUAAUAAAACCUUAACGCAUACAUAGACAUCACAUUUCGGGUCACGUAUCCCGCAAUACAUUGGUACCUCGACAUAUGAUGGCUUUGACACACGAUUUUUUUCGACGUAAAAUUUAACUCGCGAUUGCUUCCCACAUCCGACGACAUGCUCGAAAUACGAUUUAUCACAGUGCCGCAGUUACUUUGUUUUCCUGCAAGACUGACGCACAGUGGAUUUUCUUGUGAGAAAUCAACAUAGGUGAGUGCAGGUGGCGAAAAAUGGAAAAAGCUGAGGCGUACCAUUGAAAUCAAGCUGGAAUAUGAGCAUGGUGGGCGCAUCUGCGAACUGACUUGACAAUACGGCUGUAGAGUGUCUCGAAUCUCGACGGAACUCCUCUGACCUACAGUCUUUAUAAGUUAAGGUGACAAUUAUCAUUGCCCCAAAAAAUCGCAGCAGGGCCAAGAACGAAAAGUGGUAUUUGCAUGUGGCAAAACUGAAUAUGCCAUUUGGCAUUUUUUUGCCACGUGGCAAAAUGAAUUUUGCCGUGUGGCAUUUUUUUUUGCCAUGUGGCCAAAUUGAUUUUGCCGUAUGGCAUUUUUUUGCCCUGCGGCCAAAUUGAUUUUGCCAUAUGGCAUUUUUUUGCCCUGCAGCAUUUUUUUGCCCUGUGGCCAAAUUGAUUUUGCGA